AUGCGUGAUCUGUAUCGGGCGAGGGGGCCGGCGCGGGGGGGAGCGGGGCGUUCGGAAGCGGUGGCAGCUCCCAUCGACUCCUGGGGUUAUUCUUCCUCAGGCCACUGCCGCUCGAGCUGCGCACCACGCGGUCGAUUCCACCGAAGCACACUUCACUCGUUAGGAGCGCGAACACGGGGAGUCGACACUAAUAAAUUACCGUUUUUUCCACCGCACUCGCACAGUCCACGCCGCGCGCCCGAG